AUGGCUGACGAAGAUUCAGAUGCAUCCUCCUCAUCAGCUGAGCCCGAUGUUGCCGGCACAUUGGCAAAGAUCAGGGAGAAAAGGAUGCUAGCCCAGAUGAGGCAGGAAGCAGAAGAUGAGCGCAAAAGGAAAGCAGCCCAAGAGCUCGAGGAGGCACAGGAAGAAGAAGAGAUUCAGAAGGAGCUUGAACAGGAGAGGGAAGAACAGAGAAUUCGUGAGGCACACAUGAAAGCAAGCACUUUGAGCCAGCAUGGAUUCACCCAGGACCUGGUCGACACUCCUCCAGAGCCAGUCCAGAGGAGAGGACUGAUGCCAGGAACUUACGGUAUUCCCCACAUCCCAUCGGAAAGUCCUCCUCCAUGGGCGAACGAUCCAUUUUGUGGCUACCCUCUGCCUCCACUUGCACCAGUUGCUGGUUUCCCUCCACUUGCACGACCAGUUGCCGCGAUGGCAAGGGGCAAUAACAGCAAUAUGCGCCCUCAAAACAAGAGGCCUGCCAGUGCCCCUACACUCCCAGUUGCUACAGCAGUAGCCAAUGGAAACGAUGAAACCGAGAAGGCAAAGAAGAAGAAAGCGGCAAAGAAACCUAAGAAGAACUCGGAAGAAGAAGAAAAGAAGCAAAAGCUUAUCAACACUGUUGUCGAACACUUCACAGUGGACAAAAAGCACAUGAUUACUUGCCAAGACGAAGUAGACACCAGGAAAGGGUCUACGGAUCAAGGCACGCAUUAA